GGGCGUGACCAAGUAUUACGCAGGUCAAAGUAAUGGGAGGAAUAAGCAAGGAUCUCCUCCAACGAUUGCCAAAAAAUUAGCUACAGAAGAUUACAUUCCGCAGCAGUCAGCAUGGGCAAGUCGCUCUCCCAUCACCCCAAGCACAAGGAUGAGUGCCAGGAGGGCCUCACCUCUGCCCCGGAGUACACCGAUUCACACAGUGAGGACAGCCGGGGUGGAGAUGUGUCUCAGUUCCCCUACGUGGAGUUCACCGGCAGGGACAGCGUCACCUGCCCCACGUGCCAGGGCACAGGCCGAAUCCCGCGAGGUCAAGAAAACCAGCUUGUUGCUUUGAUUCCUUACAGUGACCAAAGGCUCAGACCGAGAAGGACAAAGCUGUAUGUGACGGCGUCUGUUAGCGUGUGCCUGCUGCUGUCCGGCCUCGCCGUCUUCUUCCUGUUUCCCCGCUCCAUCGACGUCUCCUACGUGGGUGUGAAGUCCGUGUAUGUCAGCUACGACCAGGCCAAACGCAUCGUCUAUCUCAAUGUUACGAACACUCUGAGCAUCACCAAUAAUAACUACUACUCCGUGGAGGUAGCUAACAUCACCGCCCAGGUGCAGUUCUCCAAGACGGUGAUUGGCAAGACUCGUAUCAGCAACGUCACCUCCAUCCGACCCCUGGACAUGCAGCAGAUUGACUAUAUGGUUCCCACCACCAUAGCUGAUGAAAUGAGCUACAUGUAUGAUUACUGUACCUUGCAGACCAUAAAAGUACACAACAUUGUGGUUAUGAUGCAGGUGACGGUGAGCACGGCGUACUUUGGGCAUGUAGAGCAGGUAUCGCAGGAGAUGUACCAGUAUGUGGACUGUGGAGGGAACACCACCUCCUUACACGGCCAUGCCAAGAUCUCCAAUGUCAUUGCACUCCCUGAAUAACGCCCCUGCCCAUUGGACCAUGUCUGGUAGUCCUACCUUGAAGGCCAUCCAGCUGGUUCGCUUAGUUACUUAGUUUACAGGGAAAGUGAACAUCAUGUAUUUCUGUGUGUUAAGUGCUCAUGGUGUAAGAUACUGUUACUGGGUUGUGAUGUUAGGGGUAGAUUUAACAGUGGGAAGAGGGGCAAAGGGCUCAUUCGUGUAAAGUUCUCAUUCCUAUUGUGCUCACAUGUCCCUGUUGUAUUGGAAGGAAAUAAGCACUUUAGAUGGAUACUGAAGAUGUGGUACAUUAUGAUGGCGCAAAAGAAGAUAAUUCUUGGAUAGAGGUGGUAGAACCACUAACUCACUAAUCUCAAACCAAUUUUGGUUUAUAAUUUAUUAGUUUAAUGUUUUGCACCUUAUUAAAUGGCGCCCAGUGUUCUGGGAGAAACUGAAACCCAAGGAAAGAGCUAGUUUGAUGUGCUGAACAUUUAUAUCUGCAUUCUAAGGACCACUGACUUUGAAUGCGGUUGGUACUGUCUGUCCCAACAAAGGGUUUCCAGAGUUUCAUUCUCAGCUUCAUACUCUUUCAAUAAAAGGUCAAAUUCAUUUCAAGCACAUUUUAGACGGUAAAUUGUGGUAGGAUAAUGGACUACUGAUUUCCCACUUAUUCUAAUGUAUUUGCCUUUAAACCAAGCAUUUUGUUCUGUAUUGUCAUAUUUCAGUGCAAAAAGGUAUUGACUACUACAUUUUCACCUCAUAAUCUUAUGUGAUGUUACUACUGAUAUGUACUACCUUUACCCUGUUUUCAUUUUUUCAGAUCUCAGUGUUGUGUAAUAUUUCUGUAUGAACUACAUAAAUGUAAAGGUUUUUCGGGGGGGGUGCAGUUGGGGUGUUCCCAGUUACAUCUUCACUUGCCUGUGUCUACUGGGUAAAUUGAACAUGUGGUACAGUCACUUAACUUUGAAAUGUCACAAAGGUAUAUUUUUCUGAAUGUUGCACUUCUCAAUAGAAGUCUCAGUGCCACAUGGUGGUAUAUGUAGAGGUACCACUUGAAGUGUGAUUGAUCCAGAUGUGGCCCACUUUAGAGAGAGAAGUCCAGAAAAACAGGCUAAAUCACAGUGUAGAAAAUAAAAACAAGGAAAGUUAGUUGAUGUUAAUGAUCCAGGCAUUACUGAAUAAACCUUUUUUGUGUUUGAGACUGCUACAUUGAACAAUUAAUUUAUUUUAAAUUUUCAAGCAUUUAAGACUUUUCCUCUCUAAGGAUUCAAGCUCCAAUUUACUAGUUACUUAUUUGUGAAGGUUAUAGUUAAUAUCAGGCAUUUUAGAGGUUACAGGAUAAUGUCUCCUUUAAGCCUCAGGUCAGAAGUGCGAGAUCCUGAGUGCCCUUCCAUCAUGUUUGAAAAGAUAAUCAUUUACACGUUUUUUUUUUUUAGUUUUUUUUUUACUUGGACUUGCAUAUUAUUAAGGGAAAAUGUUGAAGAAAUAACCUGGCAUAUGUGUUAGCUUUAGUUAUAGUAGAUGGAAUACUGAACAGUUAAAGUUAGCCUUUUCUUUAAUACUGUACUAAUACUUUCUACUUGGCUUUGGGAAACUUGUCUUUGUAAAUAUUUUAAUUAGAAGAAUCUGAAUUGGAUACAUGAUAUUUGGUGUUUGUACUGUACAUGGCAGCAGCAUCUUUAGCCUCAAAUGAAAUUUUGCUUUGGUUUGUUUGGGCAGUAACAUUGAUAGGCAGCUGAAGAGAUUGGUAGAGCAGCUGGUGUAUAAUGGCCGUGUAUAAAUGCAGUGGGGUUGGAACCUGUGUCCUGGCAUGCUCUUCAGGUGAUUCCUGCUGUUCAGUGCGUGACAGUGUAUUAGUUCUCAUUCUCACUGCUGUGUCAUUUCAGCAUUCCCCUUUAUAACUCCGUUGUUUCUUCUCAUCACUGUAUGGUGCAAGAUUAUAUUACAUUACAUUACAUUACAUUAUUGGCAUUUUGCAGACGCUCUUAUCCAGAGCGACAUACAGUUGAUCAGACUAAGCAGGAGACAAUCCUCCCCUGGAGCAAUGCAGGGUUAAGGGCCUUGCUCAAGGGUCCAACGGCUGUGCGGAUCUUAUUGUGGCUACACCGGGGAUCGAACCACCGACCUUGCGGGUCCCGGUCAUUUACCCUAACCACUAUGUCAUAGGCCGCCCUAGAUCCCUAGAUUACUGUGUCAGAAAGAUGUUUUGCAAGCUAGUGAAUCUCCUCGAGCCAUCUUUUUGGCAGAGCGUAUGAAGACUUGCACAUAUGUUUUGUCAUCAUUUCUAAUUAUGGUCAAUUAGAUGAUGGCAUCCAUUCAAAGUCCUGUUUGUUUUGUCAUGGAAAAGGAAAUGAAAGUGCAAGCUACAAUGAUGGGAAAUGUUAGUGAAAGAUUCAUGUGAGCCAGAUUGUGUCAUUACAAGGUGACAGUGGAACGGCAGGUAUUAAUGUGCGGUAUUGUCUUCACACUCCCAUCUUUGAUAAUACUAAUACCAUCUUUGUCUACAUGCAUCUCAAUCACAUGGCAUGCGUUGCUUGCUAGUUUUGUGACUUUUUUAUUUAUUUAUUUUGUUUCCCCAGUCAACUGAUGUGUGCUUUUCUAAUGCAAUACUAUUGUUUCUUCUCAGCAUGAAAAUAAAAUGAAUAAAGAUUUCA